GACCUUUUCAGUUCCGGUUCACGUUAAAAGACUCGCUGGAGGAGGAAGAACUCGCGGAACGGUGCUAGCCGGUGGACGUGCUAAUUUCUAUCACAAAUCGUGAAACGUAAAUCCCCAUCGUUUGGGGACAGUGCUCUGGUGGUGUGACUGAUGUUAUUCCGCAAAACCAGCACCGGCGCGUCGACUUUGUGUCAGUGAGAUCGGUCGGAAAGUGUUGUUAAAACUCGUUACGUUCGGCUGGAAAGUGCCAAAAAAGGAAGAAAUAAAAAUAGGAAUGCCAACGAUGACCAUCAUCAUUUGAAAUGUGUUUACGGUAAUUUGGAUGGUUGGGUCUUUAUGUGGGAAUGCAAUGUGUGAUCCAAACGAGUAGCGUGUGUCGUGUAGCUAAACAACAGUGAUUACUAUCAGUGCUGAAGAUAGCGACGACCACGGCGAGAGAGCCAGUGUUGUAUGUUGUGUGAAAACGGAGUGUGUGUCACCGAACUGAAUUCUGCGGAUUCGUAAGCCGUUACCGGAUACUUGACCUUCGGACGCGUUGAGCUCAACCAUCAGAAUGGGGUCCGUAAAGCGCUCCGAGGUGUUUACACCAUCCCGGCAUGAUGCGCAUCACCAGCAAUCGCACCGCCCCACCGGCGGCAACGGUGUCCGUUGGUGAGAAGCGAUCGAAACCAGCGUCCUGUGGUGAACCAUCACAACCCUCCCAUACUCCUGCCCAGGAUUCGCGCAAAGUGUCGGGCUUCAUACCGAGAUACUGGUUCGGUUGCAAACUAUCCUCCCGACAACCGACAGACGGCGAACAGUGCAAGCAGAGUACGCUCGAGGUGGAGCUAAGCAUCCCAAAGGCUAAGCGACCGAAACUACCAACAAACGAGCAGCCUCGUGAUCUAGUGUUAACCUUCAGCACCGCACCAUCAACACCGAGUAGUAACGAGGAUUCCACACCUGCGGUCCAGUGUCCCUCGUACAGCGUUCAGCGGUUGCGCCAGUUUUGGAACAAUCGUGUCCUGUCCGGGGCCACCGUUGAUCCGUUGAGUAGAAAGCAAAAGAGUGCCACUAUCGCCGGGAGCACCACUGGGUUCAGUGCCCAGCACCGGAAGUUAGCUUCUCCGCAGGCUUCGCUGCGGUUCCAGCGAAACGGUUCCAUCGGACGCUCCGGAAGGCGCCGGUCGUUGCUCACGCUUGAUAAGCAGCAGGACCGAGGUGCCGAAGCUGGCGGUAACGGCAAACGAUCGUCCAAUGCGGCACUGCUCAGCCCGAACCGUGAUCCGACCCUCGAGAAGCGAAAGUGUGGCGGCAGUGGCGGUGCCACGACGAUUGCCGUGGGUGUUGUGCCGGCGGCCGGUGUACGCGAUACAUUCCCGCUUGCGACGGCCAACCCAUUAGGGAACCAACUUCACUGGGCCCGACGAACGGAGGUGCUCGGUAUUAGGGAAUUGUCACGCGAAGAAAAGCAACAGCAGCAACAGCAACCGGUCAAGAUGCCACUCCGGGUGGAGCACUACGUCAACAAUUACAUCGGUGUGGACAUACAGAGUGUGCCGGAUGAUCGGACGACGGGUGCGGAUGAUGGAACAUUGCAACAGGCCACCGCAGAGUCGUCACGCAAGCCAGUUCCGACGGUGGUGGUCGAUUCCCCGGUUGCACCCCCGGAGGAGGAAUCACUUCCUCCACCUCACCCUUCGGCGGCGACAGUGGCCACUACAUCGCUCGGUCGCAAGUGCAGCACGCCGACACGCAAGAUCAGCUUCCUGAACAACAUCUCGCCGUACAACCGGCGGCUACUGGCCGGUAAUGGCACGAAGGUGGCCGCCCUAACCAGCAAAUUCAACCAAAUGAUACAACAGGACGCGAGCCUGCUGGAACAGGUGAAGCGCCGCGGUGGCUACCUUCACAAGUCCGGUAACGUGGCCUACAAGGUGCUGGAGGAUACCGGUGGUGGUGGUGGUGCUGCCAGUUCGUCGGGAGUGAACGAGCUGUACGGUUUCGCCAGUACAUCCCGUAACGGUAGCCUCGGUCGGUCGAGCUUACGCAAACGGAACUCCAGCUCUGGCCAGCAGACCGGAACAUCAGGCGCAGCAGCAGCAGCAGCAGCAGCAGCAUCACCUUCAGCUGGCAACCACCGGAUGGACGAAAGCUCGGACGAGAUAAGCUCGGUUUCGAGCAAAAACUCUUCGCUCCGCCGUACGGGCGUUCGGAAGCGGCCCAGCCUACGCAAAAAUAUCUACCGACGCCCGGAAUGGGCCGAAUCGGGCCACCGCAACUCAUCGCCCGGGGUUCGCAAAAUGCUCGAGAUGUUCGAAUCAGCCGCCGGGCGCAAAUCGGACGGCGGUGACACUGGCAAACCGCCACCGGGGAAAACCAAACCGAAGGUACCGGACAAAAGCGAACAGGUGCUGCAGAAGACGAAGGCGGGACCGCUCGUGAAGGAGAAGAAAUCGGUGGUGGUGGUGGUGGCCAAGGAGAGUGUGCCAAGCCGCGCCACAAACAUCAAAGAAAUGGUCAAGGAGGCGACGGCGGAGGAUGAUUGUGAGAGUGUGGUGGAUGGUAACGUAGAGACGACCACCGUAACAACAGAAACAACCUCAGUAGACGACGCGCAACAACCAGAAUCCAGGUCGAAGUAA